CCCGUCCCGCCAGCCCCCACACGGCCAGCGGGCGAACUGGAGCCAGCUCGGCUCCGCGGGCGCCGCCCCCCAGCAGGCUCGCCUGGGUCGGGCCAAUAGUGACCGAAUCCACUUCGGCUCCGUCUACUCCGAAGUCAGCGCGUCCACACGCGGCCCGGUUCUAAUUCCCUCCCGCCAGUUCUAUGAUGCUGUUGGGAAAUUUCAUACAACCAGUGCUCAGCUUAAAGAAACUAUCAACCCCAGGUGCACGCAGGCACUUCUGGGGAUGGCUGAAUGCAGUUUUUAACAAGGUAGACUAUGAACGUAUACAGGCUGUUGGCCCUGAUAGAGCAGCUUCUGAAUGGCUUCUGCGGUGUGGGGCGCUGGUUCGUUUCCAAGGCUAUGAUAAAUGGCAGCAUGACUACAAUGGUCUCCCAACCGGGCCUUUAGGAAAAUACAAGAUACAAGCAAUCGAUGCCACAGAGUCCUGCAUCAUGUACCGAGGAUUUGAUUAUUUGGAUGGUCUCAAACACGUUGAGGAAAUUAAGCUGAGCAACUGUAUUUAUAUCCAGGAUGAAUGUCUGCAGAGGAUCAGUGAGACUGAGAGUUUACAGAAAAGUCUCCUGCGACUGAUGAUAAUUUCCUGUGGGAAUGUCACAGAUAAAGGCAUCAUAGCACUCCACAAACUAACGAACCUUGAAUAUUUAUUUCUGAGUGACCUUCCUGGGAUAAGUGAGAAAGAAACUACUGUUCAGAUCCUUAAGAAAUCAAUGCCAUCACUGGAGCUGGAAUUAGAUUUAGAAUAAAGGCAUCUUUAUGUAA